AUUCCAGUGAACGACUAUAAAAGCUCAAACCCAACCCGCAUCUUAACCUGCGCCGUUUCCUUCCUUAUCGUGCGCCAUUGCUCCCCAAAUCCCUAGUUUUGCUUCGAUCGCGCCUACAGAUCGGCGAUUUUGGUCUAUAUCUUUGUUUCUAUGGUGGGCGUUUGGUUUUCUUGUUAGUAUGCUUGAUAUCUGGAUUUGGAUUAGUGGGAGGGCUUGCGAAAUACCUCACUGAGAUCAAGGACAUCGAUUUUUUUUAUUUUUAUUUUUUUUUGGGAGUUUUCGGCGAGGUUUAGUUGAUGAUGGAGGCAUUGGCGGCUUUGAGCUUGCAGCCGUGCUCUUGGAUUGCCUGUGAGAGGCCCGGAAAGGCGCAUGGAGGGUUCUUGAAGUUCUCGAAGCACGUCGGGGAUGAGAGGAAGUUUCAGAAGCUCAGUUUGCGAGGUGCUUCGGAGUGGGACAAUAACGCUGUUCCGAGAAUUUCUUCUUGCUAUCGGAAACGCGGAGUCUCAGCUGUUGGAUCGGAAAAUGUUCAUGCAUUUGUUGACGAAGCCCUCGUCAUAAAGAGGAAAUCAGAAGAUGUUGCCCCUUAUUUGAAUGGACGAUGUAUUUACCUAGUUGGCAUGAUGGGAUCUGGGAAGACUACAGUAGGGAAGAUCUUAUCUGAAGUUUUGGGUUAUUCUUUUUUUGACAGUGACAAGCUGGUAGAGCAGUCUGUUGGCAUGUCUUCUGUUGCUCAAAUUUUUCAAGAACGCAGUGAGGCUUUCUUCAGAGACAGUGAAAGUGAAGUUCUAAGAGACUUGUCUACCAUGCACCGACUGGUUGUUGCUACUGGAGGUGGUGCUGUAAUUCGGCCAAUCAAUUGGAAAUACAUGAAACAUGGCAUAACUGUCUGGUUAGAUGUGCCUUUGGAAGCACUAGCAAGGCGUAUCGCAGCUGUGGGGACUGCAUCUCGUCCCCUCUUACAUCAAGAAUCCGGGGACCCAUUCACUAAGGCGUUCACACGACUCACCACACUCGCUGAACAAAGAGGUGAUGCAUAUGCCAAUGCUGAUGCCAGAGUUUGUCUCCAACAUAUUGCAAGCAAGCAGGGCCACAAUGAUGUUGGUUCAUUGACACCAACUGCAAUUGCCAUUGAGGCACUUCUGCAGGUUGAGAACUUUGUAACACCCAAAGGUGCUAGAGCAUCCGGCAGAAGAAAUUCAUACCGCCAGGCAUGAAGCAAGUCUGGUUGUUGUAAUAAGCCUGAUUGUUAUUAUUAUUAUUUUCUUUUCCUGUA